GUAGACCCCCUCCUUUCUUCCGCUUCACCACAUUUUUCUCAAGCUCUCAGAUUCUCCGCUUCUCUCUUCCUCUCGCUGCCUUGCUCGGAGUGCCGGUGGUGAAAUAGAAAUGUCCUUAAUAAGCGUCGUUUGUGUAGUUUCACUUCUCUCUUACUUAGUGCUCGUCGAUGCACGCAUUCCCGGAGUUUUCGGAGGCGGGCCAUGGCAGAAUGCCCAUGCUACUUUCUACGGCGGCAAUGACGCCUCUGGAACUAUGGGUGGAGCAUGUGGGUACGGAAACCUCUACAGUCAAGGAUACGGUGUGAACACCGCGGCAUUGAGCACAGCCCUCUUCAACGAUGGAUUUAGCUGCGGUGCGUGCUUCGAGAUUAAGUGUGCCGAUGACCCCAAAUGGUGUCACUCAGGCAGUCCCUCCAUCUUGAUAACUGCGACCAACUUAUGCCCACCUAACUCUGCUCUCCCAAGCGACAACGGUGGAUGGUGUAACCCUCCUCGCCCACACUUCGACCUCGCCAUGCCCAUGUUCCUCAAGAUAGCCGAAUACCGUGCCGGAAUCGUCCCCGUCGCCUUUCGCAGGGUGCCAUGCAGGAAGAGGGGAGGAAUAAGAUUCACCAUCAACGGUUUCAGAUACUUCAACUUGGUGUUGAUCACUAACGUUGCGGGAGCAGGGGACAUAGUAAAGGUAAGCGUGAAGGGUACAAGGACAGGGUGGAUGCCAAUGAGCAGAAACUGGGGCCAGAACUGGCAAUCCAACGCGCCUUUGGAUGGUCAAGCCCUAUCUUUUCGGGUUACCGGCAGCGACCGUCGGACCUCCACUUCCUGGAACAUCGCCCCUGCCAACUGGCAGUUCGGUCAGACAUUCAUGGGAAAGAAUUUCAGAGUCUGAUCAUCUUCAUCAUCUCGCUUACCAUUUCCUUUUUCUAUUUUUGAAACUUCCCGCCUUAAACCUGGUCUUUCGUUACUUCUUUGGUGGCGCCAUUUUAGAUGCCUUGUUUUUUCUUAAAAGGGGAGGGAGUGUUUGCUUCUUUGUGUGGGUGGUAUGAGAGUCAUGACUUAUGACAGUCUGUUUGGGAACUUUUUUUUAUUUCUUCUAAUUUUACUUAGUAAGAAGGGAAAGGGGUGGGAAAAGGUGUGAAAUUUGGAAGUGGGAAAAUUUGUGUAACGAAAACUGCAGUGUGGCUGAAGUGGCUGCAAGUGGGAAAAAAAAUAUAGCCCGCAGCUUGCAUAUAUUUUAAUCUUUCUUUAUAGACAGAAAUAUAAUAUAUGAUAUUUAUGUGGUAAAA